UAUAUUAAAUCAAAUUUAGUUCGGGUUUGCUUUAAUUAUAAUUUUAAAAAUAAAAAUUAAGUCAAAAAAUCAUUCCAAAAAUUUAUUUCCAGACUGAAACAUUAAUUGAUUACAGAAAAGAAAGAAAAAGAAAAAAUGCUUCUCUCCCCAAAGCACAAAUAUUCUUACAAUUCAGGCCGUCACCGUUUUGUAUCGCACUACACAAACUGCUUCAAUGGCGAACCAAGCUGCUGCUUCAGGCUCUUCAUCUCCUUCUCCUCAUCUGCAACAGGGACUUGAAGAAGAUGACGAGCUGAUGACAGUAUACGGGUCGGAAUCGGGUUGGGUCGAGGCUAAAACAUCUUGUGAUCAUUUGGGUUCUUUGUCUUCUGAUCUCUCACACAUUUCAACUCCUGAUACUCCUUGUCACAGGUGCCAACAUCCUAGUGAGAACUGGUUAUGUUUAUCAUGUAAGGAUGUUCUUUGUAGCCGCUUUGUAAACAAACAUAUGCUGCAACACUAUCACCAAACACACCAUUGUGUUGCUCUGAGCUAUAGUGACUUGUCGGUCUGGUGCUUUGCUUGUGAUGCAUAUCUAGAUGCCCAAGUGAUUAUGCAGCUGAGGCCUGUGUAUGAGACUGCUUAUAUACUGAAAUUUGGCGAGGCGCCUCCAUUUCGUGCGGUCGAGCUGACACAAGAUACUACCUCAUCUAGCAGUUAGCUCUACAAUAGUACUACUGUUAGGGUUAACUUAGUUAAUAUAUUUACAGUUGAUUGUAGUUGAAGAUAAUCGAUCCCAAGAAGAAGAAGAAGAAGAAGAAGAAAAUAAAAUACUACAGUUGGUUUUCA